AUGUUCGAGACGGGCACCGCAAGGAUAGAGAUUGACGAGUAUACAGAGGUCCCAAAGUCCACCAACCCCUACGUCAAGUUGUUGGUGCGUCUUUACAAGUUCCUGGCUCGCCGUACCGAUGCCCCCUUCAACAAGACGGUUCUCCGACGUCUCAUGAUGUCCAAGACCAACCGUCCCCCCGUCUCCCUCUCCAAGAUCGUCGCGACCGCUGCCAACAAGCACUCCGCGAAGACCCACGAGGGCAAGACCAUCGUCAUUGUCGGCACCGUCACUGACGACAACCGCAUGCUUGAGGUCCCCAAGCUCUCCAUUGCGGCUCUCCGCUUCACCGCCUCUGCCCGCGCUCGCGUCGAGAAGGCUGGUGGUGAGUGCCUCACCAUCGAUGAGGUUGCCACCCGUUUCCCCACCGGAUCCAACACCCUCCUCCUCCGUGGACCCAAGAACUCCCGUGAGGCCUUCAAGCACUUUGGUUUCGGUCCCCACUCCCACAAGAAGCCUUAUGUCGAGAGCAAGGGCCGCAAGUUCGAGCGUGCCCGUGGACGCAGAAGGUCGCGUGGUUUCAAGGUCUAAGCGUGUGCUGGAAGCGAUAUGGUUUCUCUGGGUUGGCGUGGUCAUGGUCAUGGGAAUUCACUUAUGAGGCGCGCAUCAUGACUGGCAAGGGCUUUUCGAAGGCCUGCAAAAAGAUACUCAAUGCUCAACAUGAAAUUGAAGCAUACAAUGGGCUCUCCGAGCUCAUGUUUACCCAUGAA